GGUAUAGAAUAAUGACAAAAUGUGGCUCGUCACUUGUGCAACGUGUAUCAGUUUACUUUUAUGUUCAUUAUCGACAAACAAUGUAGCAACUGCCAAACGAAUACUUGUGAUUACAAUCGCGCCUUUCUACAGUCAUCAAACGGUUAUCGAGUCAGUUUGCUCAGAAUUAAACAAACGCGGACACGAGCUGGUCGUCAUAACUCCACAUUCAAUGAGAAAUACAUCACAAAACUAUACGGAAAUAAUCGUAUCGGAAGUAAAACUCCUGAUUGACAGUGUAUUGCUUAAUAUGAAUAUAUGGGAAUUGUCUACGAUACAAACGCCCAUAACUAUGACUCAAAUAUCAAGCAAAAUCAGCAUCACUAUAUUCAAUAAUCCAGAAGUUAAAAAACUUUAUAGACACGACAGUAAUGAAAAGUUCGAUGCGGUUAUUGUUGAAGCAGUAAGCAGCCCAUCUCUAUUCGCUCUGGCACAUCGAUUUAACGCUUCUAUCAUAGGAUUGUCGAGUUUGCAUAUGCACAAUUAUCACCGAUACGUAUUUGGUAGUCCUAUAUAUCCGUCGCACGCAUCUAAUUGGGAAAUUAUUUACGAAUUUGAUGUACCGACUGAGAACUCGUCGAUUUGGGAAAGACUGCGAAACUUUAUCGUUACAUGGAGAUAUGUUUAUUACUGGAUGAAUACUUUUGUGGAUUUUGAACAAGAAACCAUUAAAAAAUAUCUCGGAAAUGACAUGCCACCUGUCACAGAUAUACUGAAGAAUAUAAAUUUAUUUUUGACCAAUGAGAAUCCGGUACAUGUGUAUCCCAGACCUGAACAUCCAAAUUUAGUACAUUUCAGCGGUUUUCAUAUAAAAAAAACGCCACCACCUUUGCCAAAAGACUUAAUACAAUUCCUAAACGGCGAUGAAUUUAUUUACGUGAGUUUUGGAAGCACUAUUCCCAAUGAAAUGUUCCCAAGAGAAUGGCUGAAGAUUUUAGUUCAAGUGUUCUCGAAGUUACCAUAUAAAGUAGUAUGGAAAUUUGCGCGCGAGGAGUUACCGGAGGAGCUCGGUAAUAAUGUAUUUAUCUCGAAGUGGUUCCCGCAACAAGGCAUACUCGCUCAUCCGAAGAUCAAGCUGUUUAUUUAUCAAGGCGGAUGUCAAAGUACCGAGGAAGCUAUUCAUUACGCGGUUCCAGUCGUGGGAAUUCCUUUUAUAUACGAGCAAGUAGGUCGACUUCAUCGCUUGGCCUCUUUAGGCGUGGCAUUAUACAUCAACUCCAGAACAUUAACCGCAGAAAAGCUUCGAUCAGUUAUUAAUCAGACUACCAGUAAUAACAGGUAUAAAGAAAAAAUGGAGCAUAUAAGCGCUGUUUUCAAAGAUCAACCAUAUGACAGUAUGGAAAAUGCAAUUUGGUGGAUAGAAUUCGUGAUGCGUCAUAAGGAGCAGCUACAAUUUAAAAUCGACGAACCGUGGUAUCAACUUUACAGUAUCGACAUCAUUGCGCUGCUUAUCACGAUACUAUUUACAGCGGCAUUUAUAAUAACGCUAAUCAUCUUUCAUAUUAUACGAUAUUUUUUCCGUGUCACGAUAAGACAGUUCGUUAAAAAAAGUGAAAGAAUGUGGGCGAAAAACUUUUUAAUAUUUCCAAUGUUGUGUUUGAUAGUGAGAUACAACGCGAUACAUGCCAAAAGAAUACUAUUUGUAGUACAACUUCCGUCUUACAGUCAUCAAAUAACUUAUCGCAAUUUGUGCCUAGAACUGCACAAACGGGGUCAUGAAAUCGUAUCGAUCACCACGGACCCGAUAGGAAAUUCUUCCCUGACAAAUUACACGGAGAUUAACUUGAAUUAUUUUUAUAAAGGUUUUUUAGAGGCAAAAGAGGUUUCUUCUUAUGAGAGUGUUACGCAAAUAAGCUUGAACAAUCCGUUUUUCCAAGAGGAAAGAAUUCUCUGGAGGAUAAUUAAUGUUUUCAAUCGAAAGACUUUUGAAAAUGAGGAAAUAAAAAAGUUACUAUCCGACAGCAACGAACAUUUCGACGCAGUUAUCGUGGAACAGGCAUCCACACUCAGCAUGAACGCUUUAGCGUAUAGAUUUAAUGCUCCUCUCAUAGGUAUUCAAAGUCAGGACGUUUACAAUCACUUACGUUUCAUGUCCGGAUCCAUUAUUCUGCCGUCGCACGCUUCCAAUUGGCAGUCUAACAUGAUUUUUGACAGAGACUUGUCGUUUUGGGAGCGAGUUGUCAAUUUCUGCCAAGUGUGGGGACAAAUAUAUCACAUAAUGAACGAGCACAUCUCCGCGGAGGACGCGCUCGUGAAGAAGUACUUGGGGCAAGAUAUGCCGCAUAUCAUAGAUAUAACGAAAAACAUGAGUAUAUACCUCGUGAACAGACAUCCGGCGUUCUCGCUUCACAGACUCGAACAGUCGAAUGUCAUAUUUUAUCAUAGUUUUCAUGUGGCAAAAGUGCCGCCCGCUCUGCCAGAAAACAUAAAAACAUUUAUCGAUGAAGCCGAUGAAGGAUUCAUUUACGUUAGUUUCGGGACUAUGGUUACAUGGGAGCAUCUACCAAGUACCACGCUCAAGGCAUUCGUCGAAGCGUUCUGCGCGCUGCCGUACAGAAUUGUCUGGAAAUUUCCUAAUAACGAUCAAUUACCGAAAUGCAAGAACAUACUGGCAGCGAAUUGGUUACCUCAGCAGGGUAUACUUGCUCAUCCGAAUAUCAAGCUGUUCGUUUAUCAAGGCGGCGUACAUAGUACCGAAGAAGCUAUUUAUUACGGAGUUCCGGUCGUAGGAUAUCCCGUUGCAUGGGAUCAAAAGUACCAAGUGCAAAAUAUAGAAAAACUCGGCGUCGGAGUACGUCUUCCGCUGCACGAGACUUCGAAAGAAAACAUUAUAGCUGCUAUACAGAAAGUUAUAAAUGAUAAGGGAUACAAGGAGCGAAUGGAACGUCUGAGUAUACGUCUGAAAGACUCGCCUUACAACAGUCUUCAACAUGCGGCGCAGUGGAUCGAAUACGUGAUACGUCAAAAUGGAACGCUUUUCUUACGAAGUAGUCUCUGCGACGAGCCGUGGUAUCGACGAUACGACUGGGACGUCAUCGGGUUUCUUGCCAUAGUAGGAUUUAUAGCAUCCCUUAUUUCUCUGUGGAUUCUACUUCAGAUUUUACGAUGUCAUUUGCGAAUGUUAUUUUACUUAAACGGUUCUGUGGUAGCUCGAUCCAUUACGUUGAACCAAAGAUUUUGAUAUAAUAUAUUGUAUGUGUGUGUAACAGAAAGAACUUAUUUAAAUAAUUUAAAAAGGUUUCUGGAUUGUA